CGAAAAUUUCGGCCGAGCUAUUUCGGCCGGGUAGAAGAGAACCGAAAGACUCUUUCGACUUUAUUUUUUUUUCCAUCCCUCACCGAAAGACGUCGAACGAAAAAACAGCAACGACCAAAGCAUAACGAAGUUUCGACGGCAUCCCGAAAGUGUGAAUUCUCGUUUUCCCCUUACGAAACAUUGAUAAGCGAUCGAAAAAAUAUAUAUAAAAAAAAACAAGUUCCGCGAGUUCGAAUCCCCGUUUUGAGCUUCAGUGUUACGCGGCCUCAUAUUCAAUCUCCUCGCCGCUACAAGAAAAGCUGGGCAAGAACAAGGGGAUGAUGCAGAUGCUCGAAUCCAAGGGUACGUGACUGGGAAAAGCUCUCCGGAGCAUCGGGGAGCACGAGAAAUUACACAACUCGAGAUUAAAGCACGCGGUUUUAUUACGAGUUUUGUCAAGUGCCCGUGUGAGUGCGCGAGUGCGCGUGGCUGAUAAAAUAACGACAAGAAUAUAGUUGCAACAAUAACAACGAGGAAUCGGUUUCGAUUCCGCUACCAGGAUGGCCGAUAGCGAGGGUGGUUCCGAACAGGAUGACGUAUCCUUCCUUCGUACGGAGGACAUGGUGUGUCUGUCUUGUACGGCCACCGGAGAGAGGGUUUGUCUCGCAGCCGAGGGAUUUGGAAAUCGUCACUGUUUUCUCGAAAAUAUAGCUGAUAAGAACAUACCUCCAGACCUUUCACAGUGUGUCUUCGUGAUAGAGCAGGCUUUAUCAGUGAGGGCUUUGCAGGAAUUGGUCACGGCAGCUGGUUCAGAGACGGAGCAAGCAACCUUAGGUAAAGGAACAGGCUCUGGUCACAGAACGCUGCUCUACGGCAAUGCCAUUCUUCUGAGGCAUCUCAACAGUGACAUGUAUUUAGCAUGUUUAUCCACGAGUUCUUCCAACGACAAGCUGGCAUUUGACGUCGGUCUCCAACAGCAAUCAAUAGGAGAGGCUUGUUGGUGGACCGUACAUCCGGCAUCGAAACAGAGAUCGGAAGGUGAAAAAGUUCGAGUCGGUGACGACCUCAUCCUCGUGUCUGUUGCCACCGAAAGAUAUUUGCACACGACGAAAGAAAAUGAUUUGUCAGUCGUCAACGCCUCAUUUCACGUGACCCAUUGGUCUGUCCAACCCUAUGGAACUGGAAUAAGUCGAAUGAAAUACGUCGGCUACGUUUUUGGUGGUGACGUUUUGAGAUUCUUUCACGGGGGCGAUGAGUGUCUCACUAUACCACCCUCGUGGAAUACGUCACCGGAACAAAACAUGGUCGUAUACGAAGGAGGGAGCGUUAUGAGCCAAGCGAGAUCUCUUUGGCGACUUGAAUUAGCGAGGACGAAAUGGGCAGGCGGUUUCAUAAAUUGGCUACAUCCGAUGAGAAUAAGGCACCUCACAACAGGUCGUUAUCUUGGCGUGAAAGAAAAUAACGAACUUCACCUGGUCGACAGAAACGAAGCAACGACUGAGAUCUCGACCUUCUGGCUUCGGCAGGAGAAGAACGAUCUAAAAACAGCACAAAAAAAUGAUCAAAAAAUCGAUGACAAGGAUCUCGAAGUAAUUGGUAAACCGAUAAUCAAAUAUGGCGAUUCGACAGUCAUAAUGCAGCAUUGCGCAACGUGCCUCUGGGUCUCGUACAAGUCGUACGAAACUAAGAAAAAAGGUGUAGGUAAAGUAGAGGAGAAACAGGCGGUUCUCCACGAGGAAGGAAAAAUGGACGACGGUCUCGAUUUUUCGCGCUCCCAGGAGGAGGAAUCUCGAACCGCGAGAGUCAUUAGAAAAUGUAGCAGUUUAUUCACUCAAUUUAUCACAGGCCUAGAAACACUGCAGAUCGAUCGGAGAGCCUCCAUGUUUUUUCAAAAUGUUAAUCUUAAUGAGAUGGUCAUGUGUCUUGAGGAUUUGAUUAAUUAUUUUGCACAGCCGGAGGAAAACAUAGAACACGAGGAGAAACAGAAUAAGCUUCGGGCUCUCCGGAACCGCCAAGAUCUGUUUCAAGAGGAGGGCAUAUUAAAUUUGAUACUGGAAGCUAUUGACAAAAUAAAUGUGAUAACAUCGCAAGGCUUUCUCGUCGCGUUGUCAGGUGACGAGAGUGGUCAAGCAUGGGAUCAAAUUUCUGGCUAUCUCUAUCAACUUCUAGCAGCUAUCAUCAAAGGAAAUCACACGAAUUGUGCCCAAUUUGCGAAUAGCAAUCGAUUGAAUUGGCUCUUCAGUAGAUUGGGAUCACAAGCCUCGAGCGAAGGAACAGGAAUGCUGGAUGUACUCCAUUGCGUUCUCAUUGACUCACCAGAAGCCCUGAAUAUGAUGAGGGACGAGCAUAUAAAAGUGAUCAUUUCUCUUCUCGAGAAACACGGAAGAGAUCCAAAAGUCCUUGACGUCUUGUGCUCGUUGUGCGUCGGUAAUGGAGUCGCUGUCAGAUCUUCACAAAACAACAUUUGCGAUUUCUUACUGCCAGGAAAAAAUUUAUUGCUACAGACUCAACUUGUCGACCACGUUGCCAGUGUGAGACCGAACAUAUUCGUAGGGCGAGUCGAAGGUUCGGCCGUUUAUCAGAAAUGGUACUUCGAAGUGACGGUCGAUCAUAUUGAACGAACGACUCACAUGAUGCCACAUUUGAGAAUCGGAUGGGCCAAUACAACGGGAUACGUUCCUUAUCCAGGUGGAGGUGAAAAAUGGGGUGGGAACGGAGUCGGUGACGAUUUAUAUUCGUUCGGUUUCGACGGUGCUUAUCUCUGGACCGGAGGAAGAAAAACUCAAGUUAUGCACGACGCGACCGAGCCUUACAUCAGGAAGGGUGACGUUAUCGGAUGUGCUCUCGAUCUCACAGUUCCGAUCAUAACUUUUGCAUUCAACGGUGCUCACAUAUCAGGUUCAUUUCGAAACUUCAAUCUGGACGGAAUGUUUUUCCCCGUGAUAAGUUGUUCAUCCAAAUUAUCGUGUCGGUUUCUCUUGGGAGGAGAUCACGGACGACUGAAAUUUCAGCCACCCGAAGAAUUUUCGCCGUUAGUCGAGAGCCUUUUGCCUCAGCAGAUACUAUCGUUGGAUCCUUGUUUUUAUUUCGGCAACAUGAAUAAAGUGGUGUUGGCUGGUCCUUGGUCGGUAGAGGACGACACAGCGUUUGUUCCAGCACCGGUGGACACGUCGAUGGUGAAUUUACCGGCGUACGUCGAACAAAUACGAGACAAGUUAGCGGAGAACAUCCACGAAAUGUGGGCGAUGAACAAGAUCGAGGCGGGCUGGAUUUACGGCGAGCAAAGAGACGAUUUGCAAAAAAUUCAUCCGUGCAUAGUGCAGUUCGAGCGAUUGCCGGCUGCCGAAAAACGCUACGACACACAGCUCGCGGUCCAAACACUCAAAACUAUCUUGGCUCUUGGCUAUUACAUUACGAUGGACAAACCACCCUCGAGAAUAAAAACCCUCAGACUACCGAACGAGCCGUUUCUACAGAGCAGCGGUUACAAACCCGCUCCUCUAGAUCUUAGCGCCAUUACUCUCACCAUUAAAAUGGAAGAAUUGGUCGAUCAGCUGGCCGAAAACACUCACAACCUGUGGGCCAAGGAACGCAUUAGCCAGGGAUGGACUUACGGUCUGAACGAGGACUCUGAAAUGCGGAGGAGCCCUCAUCUCGUACCCUAUCCCAAAGUCGACGAAGCCAUCAAGAAAGCCAACAGAGAUACUGCCAGUGAAACUGUCAGAACUCUCCUCGUUUAUGGCUACAUGCUCGACUCUCCAACUGGCGAACAACACGAAGCUCUGCUACUCGAGGCCAGCAGAAUGAGACAAUUGUCCUUCAGAACGUACAGAGUUGAAAAGCACUAUGGAGUCAGCAGUGGAAAAUGGUAUUUCGAGUUUGAAGUAUUAACUGCUGGUCCCAUGAGAGUCGGUUGGGCCAAGGCUGACUGCUCGCCCGGAUGCAUGUUAGGAAGUGAUGAAAAUACCUGGGCUUUCGACGGUUACAAUGAGGAAAAAGUAUACUCGAGCACGGCCGAAACAUUCGGCAAGCAAUGGCAGGUCGGAGACGUUGUCGGGGUUUUCCUGGAUCUUAUUGACCGAACAAUUAGUUUUUCCCUGAACGGUGAACUUCUCAUGGAUGCACUCGGCGGAGAAACUUCGUUCGCUGAUGUCCAGGGCGAAUGCUUCGUCCCGGCGUUCACUCUCGGUGUCGGGCAAAAAGCUAAAUUGACUUUCGGUCAAGACGUCAAUACUCUGCAGUACUUUACAACUUGCGGUCUACAGGAAGGCUACGAGCCUUUUUGCGUCAACAUGAAUCGUCACGUUACCUUUUGGUACACGAAAGACCAACCGAUUUUUGAGAACACCGACGACAUGGCAGACACCCGAAUCGACGUCGCUCGAAUCCCAGCCGGUUCCGACACUCCACCGUGCCUCAAAAUCUCUCACAACACUUUCGAAACCAUGGAAAAAGCCAAUUGGGAAUUCCUGCGAUUGUCCUUACCAGUCAUUUGCCAAUCUACUUUUAUUACUGAAAAUGAAAAAAUGAGACGGUGGCAAGAAAUCAAAAUUCGCCAAAAUAGGCUCAUGGCUGAACAGGUCGAACAGUCCCAGCAUACUGCGCCUUCCGCUCAUAUGGAACAAAUCAUGAAAUCGGGAUUCAGCAUGAGCGAUAUUAAAGGUUUGCAGAGAAACUAUUCAGAGGACGCGGUUGAAGAUGCUGAAAUGAUGAAAGAAUCUCCGUUGCCGAUGCAGCGAAAUCGACCAUCGAGACCGCCCCGUAAAAACUCACUUUACGGAUCGAAUGCCGGCGCUCUCGACAACGCGACGAGCGAAGCCGAGAUGAACGGUUAUGGGGAAAUGAACGGUGACGUCAAGGACGACAAGAAGAAACGGGGACGUUCACCUUUUCGCAAGCUUAGCAAUGAGGUGGAGGAUGUGCCAUUUUUCUCUCGUAAAGCAAAAUCUCCUGAUGCCAAAUCGAAAACUCCUGAACCAACGAUGCGCUCGGAUGUUUCGGACAGCGACAAAACUAUGCCUGGAAGACUUUCCUCCAGACCAGCUCAAGUUCGAGUCUCCACGACGGAUUUGAAAGUAGUGCCACCGCAAGUCCCUGAACGAAACGCGCCCAAAGCAAUGUCCGUAAAUCUUACCGGAAGUGGAGUCGAAGCUAUCGGCAACGAGAUUUUUGAUCCCGAAUGCCUCAAACUGAUGAACGAAUAUUUUUACGGUGUGAGAGUCUUCCCAGGACAGGAUCCUACUCACGUUUAUGUCGGUUGGGUCACAUCGCAGUAUCACCAGCAUACGAAAGACUUCAAUCCAUCUAGAGUUCGAAAAGCUUCGGUCAUCAUCGUCGAUGAUUACGAUCGUCCAGUUGAGCAAGUCGACAGACAAAGCUGUUACAUGGUUCGUGCCGACGAGCUUUACAACGAGGUGACUCAAGAUGCAUCAGGCAAGGGCGCCUCGCAAGGAAUGUUCGUCGGUUGUUUCGUCGACACGGUUACCGGUUGGGUGUCUUUUACAUGCGAGGGCAAAGAAACGAGUCACAAAUUCAAGAUGGAGCCCGACACUAAAUUAUUCCCUGCAAUAUUCGUCGAAGCAACGAGCAAAGAAAUCCUCCAAAUCGAGCUGGGACGAACUUCAACGACGUUGCCACUCUCAGCUGCUGUACUUCAGAACUCCGAGCGCCAUGUUAUACCGCAAUUUCCACCGAGGCUGAAAGUUCAGUGUUUGAAACCUCAUCAGUGGGCUCGCGUUCCCAAUCAAUCGCUCCAAGUCCACGCACUCAAACUUUCCGAUAUACGAGGCUGGUCCAUGCUUUGUGAAGAUGCUAUUUCAAUGCUUGCCCUCCAUAUACCCGAAGAGGACAGAUGCAUUGACAUUCUCGAACUCAUCGAAAUGGAUAAACUCUUGAGUUUCCACGCCCACACGCUGACCCUGUACGCAGCUCUCUGUUACCAGUCGAAUUACAGAGCGGCUCAUGCUCUCUGCCUACACGUCGAUCAAAAACAACUUUUGUACGCGAUCCGUGCGGAGUACAUGUCCGGACCACUGCGUCAAGGAUUUUACGAUCUUCUUAUCGCCUUACAUCUGGAAUCUCAUGCAACCACGAUGGAAGUAUGCACCAACGAGUACAUCAUUCCUUUGGGCCAAGAACUCAAAGACUUGUACGAGAACGAGGAAAUGAGACACAGCUUGCGAUACCUCGAAACCGAAUCGGUUCGCCCCGAGAUGAAAAUGACCGAAAUCAAGGAUAUUCCUUCCAGUGAGAAUCAGAACAUCGAGAACAUCAGAAGUCUCUACAGUCCGUACUUCCCACUGGACAUCGUUCGCGACUACGUGAUGAUGGCCCUUAACGAAGCUGUCGAAGUCAAUCAAGUUCACAAUCGCGACCCCAUCGGUGGCAGCAACGAAAAUCUCUUUCUACCUCUUAUCAAACUCGUAGAUCGAUUACUUCUUGUUGGAAUGCUGAGGAACGAAGAUAUCACCAAAUUGCUUAUUAUGAUCAACCCCGAAACGUGGGAUCCAACAUUUGACAAGGAGGGAAAAGAUGAGCACAAAAAGGGCUUGCUGCACAUGAAAAUGGCGGAGGGUGCCAAACUGCAAAUGUGUUAUUUGCUUCAUCAUUUGAACGACAUACAACUGCGUCACCGGGUUGAGUCGAUAAUCGCUUUCAGUCACGAUUUCGUUGGGGAUCUCCAAGCUGAUCAACUGCGUCGUUACGUUGAGAUCAAACAAUCGGAUUUACCCUCGGCUAUUGCGGCGAAAAAAACUCGUGAAUUCCGUUGUCCUCCUCGUGAACAAAUGAACGCUAUAUUGAGCUUCAAAAAUUUAGAAGAUGAUGAUCCUGAUAAUAUUCCAUGCGGAGAGGAUCUUAUCACGAAAAUGAACGAGUUUCACAGUGAUCUCAUGUCCUACGUGUCGUUGCACGCGCUCCAAGAAGCCGCGGAUGCGGCGAACGAGGUCGUUGAAGUCGAGAAACCUGGCGCUAUGAAACGUCUCCUCAAUUUCAUCAACGCCGUCAAAGAAUUUGAAGAGGAAGCGAAACCUGAACCGGAGCCGGAAAAGAAAAAAACACCGGAAGAGGUGUUCCGAAAAGUUCUUAUUUCAACGAUCGUAGAAUGGGCGGAAGAGAGUCAGAUUGAGACGCCAAAAUUGGUGCGUGAAAUGUUUAGUCUUUUGGUGCGGCAGUACGACACGGUUGGGGAAUUGAUAAGAGCUUUGGAGAAGACGUACGUGACGAACAGUAAGACGAAAAUCGACGUGCAGCAGAUGUGGGUCGGUCUCAGUCAGAUCAGGGCUCUUCUGCCCGUCCAAAUGUCGCAGGAGGAGGAAGAGUUGGUCCGGGAAAGACUUUGGAAAUUGGUGAACAAUCACACCUUCUUCCAGCAUCCUGAUCUUAUAAGAGUAUUGAGAAUUCACGAGAAUGUGAUGGCGAUAAUGAUGAACACGUUGGGUCGAAGAGCGCAGGCUCAAUCGGACGCUCAGGCCCAAGCUCCAGUGACCGAGGGUGGAGAAGCACCUUCCAAGGAAAAAGACACUUCCCACGAAAUGGUUGUCGCAUGUUGUAGAUUUCUCUGCUACUUUUGUCGCACCUCCAGGCAAAAUCAAAAAGCAAUGUUCGAUCAUUUUGACUUUUUGUUAGAAAACAGUAAUAUCUUGUUGUCACGGCCCUCUUUGAGGGGCUCCACACCUCUCGAUGUGGCUUACUCUUCCCUCAUGGAAAACACCGAGCUCGCUCUUGCACUUCGAGAACAUUACCUCGAAAAAAUUGCCGUCUACUUGUCUCGGUGCGGACUCCAAUCUAAUUCUGAACUCGUUGAAAAAGGCUACCCCGAUCUUGGUUGGGAUCCCGUCGAGGGAGAACGUUAUCUCGAUUUCUUACGAUUCUGUGUUUGGGUCAAUGGUGAAAGCGUGGAAGAGAACGCUAAUCUAGUGAUCAGGCUGUUGAUAAGAAGGCCGGAGUGUCUUGGACCAGCGCUCCGUGGCGAGGGCGAGGGUCUCCUUCGCGCGAUCAUGGAAGCCAACAAAAUGUCAGAACGCAUUGCCGAUCGACGUAAACUCUUUAAUCAGGUACACGACGAAGCUGAGGGAAAUGCAAUUGUUGCACAAUUCGAACAUCCACUUCCGGAGUCUGACGACGACGAGGAUUAUAUCGACACCGGUGCUGCGAUCCUCAAUUUUUACUGCACCCUCGUCGAUUUGUUGGGUCGUUGUGCUCCUGAUUCUUCGGUCAUUGAGCAAGGAAAAAACGAGUCUUUGAGAGCCAGAGCAAUUUUACGAUCUCUCGUGCCAUUGGACGAUCUCCAGGGGGUUCUUUCUUUGCGAUUCACUCUGUUGAACCCAGCGGCUGGACAAGAGCGACCGAAAAGUGACACACCUUCUGGUCUGAUCCCUGGACACAAGCAGAGCAUCGUGCUCUUCCUCGAGCGAGUUUAUGGCAUUGAGACUCAGGAAUUAUUUUUCAAACUGUUGGAAGAAGCUUUUCUGCCUGAUCUUCGAGCUGCCACGAUGCUCGACAGAAACGACGGAUACGAAUCCGACAUGGCACUUGCUAUGAAUAGAUACAUCGGUGUCAGCAUUUUGCCACUGUUGAUUCAGCACUCAAAGUUCUACAACGAGGCUGACAACUAUGCCAGUCUUUUGGACGCGACCCUUCACACCGUUUACCGACUCAGUAAAAACAGAAUGUUGACCAAAGGACAGAGAGAAGCUGUUUCAGACUUCCUCGUUGCCUUGACCAGCCAAAUGCAACCAAACAUGCUUUUGAAACUUUUGAGAAAACUCACGGUCGAUGUAUCCAAAUUAUCUGAAUAUACAACCGUCGCUCUCAGGCUCUUGACGCUUCAUUACGAACGUUGCGCAAAAUACUACGGUUCAACGGGAGGCCAAGGAGCUUACGGAGCUUCGAGUGACGAAGAGAAACGUUUGACGAUGGUGCUCUUCAGCAACAUAUUUGAUUCCCUCUCAAAGAUGGAUUACGAUCCAGAGUUAUUCGGCAAAGCGUUGCCAUGCUUGACCGCGAUCGGUUGUGCAUUGCCACCGGAUUAUUCGCUCUCGAAAAAUUACGAUGACGAGUGGUACGGCAGCAAAUCAGCGUCGACGCAAUCUCCCGACGGUCCUUACAAUCCACAACCAAUAAAUACUUCAAGCGUCGUUCUCAACAACGACUUGAAUCAAAUCGUUCAAAAGUUCUCUGAGCACUACCACGACGCUUGGGCUAGUAGAAAGUUCGAAAACGGUUGGCAAUACGGUGAACAAUGGUCCGACACCAAUAAAACUCAUCCGAGACUCAAACCUUACGACAAACUCAAUGAUUACGAAAGAGAACGCUACAAGGAACCUGUCAGGGAAAGCCUCAAAGCUCUCUUGGCCAUUGGGUGGAGUGUCGAACAUGCCGAAGUCGAUGUACCCUCGACCAAUCGUAGUUCUUUAAGAAGAUCUUCCAAAAGUCAGGUCGAUUCAGCAACAGCUUUUAAUUACAAUCCCCAUCCAGUCGACAUGACGAAUCUCACUCUGAGCAGAGAAAUGCAAAAUAUGGCAGAGAGACUCGCGGACAACGCACAUGACAUUUGGGCGAAAAAAAAGAAGGAAGAAUUAAUAGUCAACGGAGGGGGAAUUCAUCCACAGUUAGUACCAUACGAUCUUCUGACAGACAAAGAGAAGCGAAAGGAUCGUGAGCGUUCCCAAGAAUUCUUGAAGUAUCUUCAGUACCAGGGCUACAAAUUGCACAAGCCGAACAGAGGUGGUGCUGAGACAGAAGUCGCAGGAACAGGAGCUGCGGUGGAGCUGCGUUUCGCAUAUUCGUUGUUAGAAAAAUUGAUCGCAUACCUGGACAAGGCGACGAUAAAUAUGAAAUUGCUGAAGCCGUCGGAUACGUUCAGCCGACGAAACAGUUUUAAAACGUCAACGCGUGACAUCAAGUUUUUCAGCAAAGUCGUUUUACCCUUGAUGGAAAAAUACUUCAGUACCCACAGAAAUUACUUCAUCGCAGUCGCAACCGCGACGAACAACGUCGGCGCAGCUUCCUUGAAAGAGAAAGAAAUGGUCGCUGCACUAUUUUGUAAAUUAGCCAGCCUCCUACGAUCCAGACUCGCAGCUUUUGGCGCUGAUGUCAAAAUUACUGUUCGAUGCUUGCAAGUUUUGGUCAAAGGCAUCGACGCCAAAUCACUCACUAAAAAUUGUCCUGAAUUCAUCAGAACUUCCAUGCUCACCUUCUUCAACAACACCGCAGAUGACCUUGGCCACACUAUCCUCAAUCUUCAAGAAGGUAAAUACAGUCAUUUGAGGGGAACGCAUCUCAAAACUUCGACCUCUUUAUCUUACGUCAACAGCGUCGUACUUCCCGUUCUUACUGCAAUGUUUGAUCAUCUUGCGGCGUGUGAAUACGGAAACGACCUUUUGCUUGACGAGAUCCAAGUGGCCUCUUAUAAGAUGCUGGCAUCGCUGUACACCCUCGGAGUCGAUGCGACGCUGACGCACGAUCGGAAGUACUUGAAAACGGAAAUCGAGAGAAAUAAGCCAAAUUUGGGAUCCUGCUUGGGAGCUUUCUCAAGCUGUUUUCCGGUCGCCUUCCUCGAGCCUCAUCUAAACAAACACAAUCAGUUUUCGCUCCUCAAUCGAAUAGCUGAUCACUCAUUGGAAGCUCAAGAUAUUAUGACGCGGAUGGAAUCGAGUAUGCCAACGUUAGAAACGAUUUUAACGGAAGUCGAUCAGUUUGUCGAGUCCGAGAAAACUUAUAGCGACGCGCCUCACGUGGUAGACGUGAUUUUACCACUCCUUUGCUCUUACUUGCCAUUUUGGUGGGCUCAGGGACCUGACAACGUGACACCUACCGAAGGAACUUACGUGAGCAUGGUAACGAGCGAUCACAUGAAUCAGCUCCUGAAAAACGUUUUGAAACUUAUAAAAAAGAAUAUCGGCAACGAGAACGCACCUUGGAUGACCCGCAUCGCAGCCUACACCCAACAAAUCAUCAUCAACUCUUCCGAGGAACUUCUUAAAGAUCCCUUCCUACCUCUUGCCGAGAGAGUCCGCAAAAGAACCGACAACAUGUUCCACAAGGAAGAAUCUCUUCGUGGCUUUAUCAAAUCCAGUACCGACGACACCUCCCAAGUCGAAGCACAAAUUCAGGAAGAUUGGCAACUCCUUGUUCGUGAUAUUUACUCAUUUUAUCCUUUGCUCAUCAAAUACGUCGAUCUUCAACGCAAUCAUUGGCUCAGAAACAACAUAUCCGAAGCUGAAGAUCUCUACAAUCAUGUUGCUGCCAUUUUCAACACUUGGUCCAAGUCCCAGUAUUUCUUACGCGAAGAACAAAACUUCAUUUCUGCCAACGAGAUCGAUAAUAUGGUCUUGAUAAUGCCAACUGCCACUAGACGAACUGUAACUGUCACUGAUGGCUCAGCUCCACCUGGUGGUGCCAAGAAAAAGAAAAAACAUCGAGAUAAAAAACGUGACAAGGACAAAGAGGUUCAAGCCUCGUUGAUGGUGGCAUGUUUGAAAAGAUUGCUGCCCGUAGGUCUCAAUUUAUUCGCUGGACGCGAGCAGGAACUCGUUCAACACUGUAAAGAUCGUUUUCUCAAGAAAAUCGCGGAGUCAGAUAUCGCUGAAUUUGCAAAAAUCCAGCUCACUCUGCCCGAUAAAAUAGAUCCUGGUGAUGAAAUGUCAUGGCAGCAUUAUUUGUACUCGAAACUAGGACAAAAAAAGGAUUCUAUGGAGCCUGUAAAGGCUCAACAGAUCGAGGAUGUCGUGGCAAGAAUCACGGACAUGGCUAAGGUCUUGUACGGCUUACACAUGAUUGAUCAUCCGCAACAGCAGAGCAAAAAUAUUUAUCGUUCCGUCGUCUCAAUACAGCGGAAGCGAGCCGUAAUUGCUUGUUUCCGUCAGCUCUCCCUACAUUCCUUACCCAGGCACAGAGCGAUCAACAUUUUUGCGAGGACGUACUACGAGCUUUGGCUGCAAGACGAGAAUGUUGGACAGGAAAUCAUGAUCGAAGAUCUUACGCAAUCCUUUGAAGACGCUGAAAGAAAAAAAAUGGACAAACCGGAAGACGAAAGCAAACCGGAUCCACUUACUCAACUGGUAACUACUUUUUGCCGUGGCGCGAUGACCGAGCGUUCCGGCGCCCUUCAAGAGGACGCUUUGUUCAUGAGCUACGCUCAAAUCAUAUCAAAAUCCUGUGGCGAAGAAGAGGAGGAAGGCGAAGGCGAAGAGGGCGGAGGCAGCGAAGAAGAGGGCGCCGCGUCUAUUCACUGUACACAUAAACUAAUAUUGAGGCCGAUGCAUCAACUCAUGGAGCAAGAAAUGGAAAAACAAAAGCUACUUUUCCAUCAAGCGAGAUUAGCGAAUCGUGGAGUUGCUGAAAUGGUUUUGCUUCACAUAUCAGCGUGCAAAGGUGUGCCCAGCGAGAUGGUUAUGAAAACCCUCGAGCUUGGAAUUUCAAUUUUGCGGGGUGGUAACAUCGACAUCCAACGAGGAAUGUUGAACCAUUUGAAGGAGAAAAAGGAUGUUGGUUUCUUCACGUCAAUAGCUGGACUGAUGAAUUCUUGCAGUGUUUUGGACCUGGACGCUUUCGAAAGAAACACAAAAGCUGAAGGCCUUGGCGUUGGCUCUGAGGGAGCUGCGGGCGAGAAAAACAUGCACGACGCUGAAUUCACUUGCGCACUCUUCAGAUUCAUCCAACUCACCUGCGAAGGUCACAAUCUCGAUUGGCAGAAUUAUUUGAGAACUCAAGCCGGUAACACGACGACAGUAAACGUCGUUAUUUGCACCGUCGAUUACCUGCUAAGAUUGCAAGAAUCGAUAAUGGAUUUCUACUGGCACUAUUCGAGCAAAGAAUUGAUCGAUCCAGCUGGUAAAGCCAAUUUUUUCAAGGCCAUCGGUGUCGCCAGCCAAGUGUUCAACACCUUGACCGAAGUAAUUCAAGGACCCUGCGCUCAGAAUCAGCAAGCUCUUGCUCAUUCGAGAUUGUGGGACGCUGUCGGUGGUUUCCUCUUCCUAUUUUCACACAUGCAAGACAAACUGUCCAAGCACUCGAGUCAGGUCGAUCUCUUGAAGGAACUUCUCAAUCUCCAGAAAGACAUGAUCACUAUGAUGCUUUCUAUGCUCGAAGGUAACGUCGUGAAUGGCACGAUCGGUAAACAAAUGGUGGAUACACUCGUCGAAUCUGCGAGCAACGUCGAGCUCAUAUUGAAAUAUUUCGACAUGUUUAUCAAGCUCAAAGAUCUCGUGUCUUCGCCCAGUUUUCUGGAAGUUGAUUUCAACAGUGAUGGCUGGGUGUAUCCUAAAGACUUUAAGGAAAAGAUGGAACAGCAGAAGAGUUACACCAGCGAGGAGAUCGAAUUUUUGUUAGCCUGUUGCGAGACGAAUCACGAUGGAAAAAUUGACUAUGUAACGUUUAUGGAUCGUUUCCACGAGCCUGCAAAGGAAAUCGGUUUCAAUCUCGCUGUCUUAUUGACGAACCUUUCCGAACAUAUGCCAAACGAGCCGAGAUUGGCACGUUUCCUUGAAACUGCAGGCUCCGUCCUUAAUUACUUCGAGCCAUUCCUCGGUAGGAUCGAGAUUUUGGGCAGUAACAAUAAAAUCGAGCGUGUGUAUUUCGAGAUUAAAGAAUCGAACAUAGAGCAAUGGGAAAAGCCACAGAUCAAGGAAUCAAAAAGAGCCUAUUUUUACAACACGGUGGUCGAGGCUGGUGAGAAAGAGAAGCUCGAAACGUUUAUCAACUUCUGUGAGGAUGCUAUUUUUGAAAUGCAACAUGCGAGUGCCUUAAUGGCGGUCGAGGAAAGUGGCGGAAUUGGUAAAGCCCGAGAAUCUUCCUACACUUACAUGACCGAAGACGACGAGGAAAGGAACAAAGAUCCCAUCAGAAGAGGCAUCCAAGCUUUCAAGGACGGCGUUUAUUUCUUCUUCUCGAUGUUCUCGCCAGCUAAUAUUAAAAACAAAAUAUCAGAAAUGCAACAAAUGACGAUACCCGAACUCUUCAUCGGUUUCUUCAAAAUGAUAUUUUACGCUUUUUACUAUUCCGGAUUUGGAGUUGGCUGUGUCAUCAAUUACUUCAUGAGGCUACUCCUCACUCUCAUGAGAGGACCCAACCUUGAAGAACCCGUCGUUGAAGUCAAGGAAGAAGAGGGAAAACCUUCGAGACACUUACCCGCGCUUCCACCAACACCUGACGAAUCUAAUUUACAAGUACAAGCGUUUGGCAUGGACAUAACGAAAGAAGAAGGUGGCCAGAUUAAAAUAGCAGCCCACGAAUCGGCAGCUUCGACGCCUCAAUCGAGUAUGGAAGAAACAGGCGAAAGUACCCCGGAAGAAGGAACCGCGGAAGACCUCGCGAGAGAGGGCGUUUCCGGUGAAACGGAACCGGUCACAUUGGCAGAUUUGCUCGGUGGUGAACAAGCGAGAGCCCAAGCUGCAGCAUCCGCCGAAGCUGCUGCAGCCCAACAAGCUGCGAUGGCAGCUGUUGAGGCCGAAGCCAAACACGAAAUUAUUGUCGAACCAUCAGCGAGCUCAACCAUCGAUUUUUCCAAAUACACUCAUCGGGUCGUCUCCUUUUUGGCUCGAAACUUUUACAAUCUCAAAUACGUUGCUCUCGUACUGGCCUUCUGCAUCAACUUUAUGCUGCUCUUCUAUAAGGUGACAUCCCUCGUGGACGAAUCAGAAAACGGUGAAAGUGACGAAUCGAUUGCCAAUUUGUUGAACGAAAUGUCCGGUGAAGGAAUGUCCGGAUCGGGUUCCGGUUCCGGUGCCGGCGCGGGUGGUAGCGGAAUAGAAAUCGGAAGUGGAGGAGAAGGCGAUGGGUCCGAGGAGGAAGAAGAUCCUCCGGAAUUCGUCGAAGUUGCUGAAGAUUUUUAUUAUAUGGCUCACGUUAUGAGAUUGAUGGCUGUUCUUCACUCCCUCGUUUCGUUGGCUAUGCUCGUUGCGUAUUACCAUCUCAAGGUUCCAUUGGCCAUUUUCCAACGUGAAAAGGAGGUUGCUCGUCGCGUUGAAUUCGACGGUCUCUACAUAUCGGAAACUCCCGAAGAAAACGACUUCAAAGCACUCUGGGACAAAAUAGUCAUUUCAGCCAAAACUUUUCCCGUCAACUAUUGGGACAAAUUCGUCAAGAAAAAAGUACGGCAAAAGUACAGUGAAGCUUACGAUUUCGAUCACAUCAGCAAUCUUCUUGGCAUGGAAAAAACGUCGUUCAGUCAACAAGAAGUCGAAGGUUCCGGCGCAUGGUAUUUCAUUAUGAAUAUCGAUUGGAAGUAUCAACUUUGGAAAGCGGGAGUUACGAUCACCGAUAACUCCUUCGUCUACAGUUUACUGUACUUCGCUUUCUCCGUAAUGGGAAAUUACAACAAUUUUUUCUUCGCGGCUCAUCUGCUCGACGUAGCUGUAGGAUUCAAAACGCUAAGAACGAUAUUGCAGUCAGUAACGCACAACGGAAAACAGCUCGUUCUCACGGUGAUGCUGUUGACUAUUAUCGUCUACAUAUACACCGUCAUAGCUUUCAACUUUUUCCGCAAAUUUUACGUCCAGGAGGAAGACGAUGAAGUCGACAAAAAGUGUCACAGCAUGGCUACGUGUUUCUUAUUCCAUUUGUACAAGGGAGUGAGAGCAGGUGGUGGAAUCGGUGACGAAAUUGGAGAGCCGGAUGGCGACGACUACGAAAUAUAUCGAAUAAUGUUUGACAUCACCUUUUUCUUCUUCGUUAUUGUUAUUCUACUCGCUAUCAUUCAGGGUUUGAUCAUCGACGCUUUCGGAGAGCUCCGUGAUCAAUUGGAUAGCGUGAAAACGGACAUGGAGAGCAAAUGUUUCAUCUGCGGAUUGGGCAAAGAAACGUUGGAUACUGUGCCUCAUGGGUUCGACACACACGUUCAGCAAGAGCACAAUCUUGCAAAUUACAUGUUUUUCUUGAUGCAUCUGAUCAAUAAGCCGGACACGGAGUACACGGGUCAGGAGACAUACGUUUGGAACAUGUAUCAGCAGCGUCAAUGGGAUUUCUUUCCAGUUGGUGAUUGUUUCCGCAAACAGAACGAAGCUGUCGAAGCUUAGGAUUUUCGUGUUAGCUUGAGAACGCAUUGAGCGAUGAAGAAAAAGUAAAAAAACACGCGAGUUAUAGGUCGCAUGAAAAAAAAAAAAAAAAAAAAAAAAAACAGAUUUGAAACCAGAAAAAAUACGGAAGUCACGUGAAAAAUCGACUUUUUAAACCUCUAGAUUUUUUAUCGUGUCACACAGCAAAUUACCUCGUGGUUUUUUAGAAGUAUAACAAUACAAGAUAUUAAUAUAGGACAUUUCCUUCCGCGAUCGAUCGCCCUUUAAAUCCAGCGAUCUUUCAUUUUUUGCAAUCCCUAAAUAGGAACGGGAAUUGACGAAACACAAACAAAGACACACACCGAUUGCUAAUAUAGACGAGAACGUAGCUAGAGCGAAUCUCCUUAAAAAUAGACCAAUCGAGAAUCAAAACGUACGAAAGACGUCCCCGAGGAAAAAAUAAUCAAAAAAUCAACCAAAAAAACGAAUCUCAAGCGACGAGAUCGAGGGGUGCGACGUCUGUUUUUCUAUCCUCGUUAAAAAUUUACCUAUUUUUCCAACUUUAUAACGGUGCGGAUGACGAAGAUAAAAGGGAAUGAAAACCGACAAAACAAAUAUACUUGGAACAAAAAAUAUCGCCGAUUGUGCAUAGCCCUCGAAUCAUAAUAAUAAUAUUAAUAAUAACAACUCUUUCUUUUUUUCUUCCAACUACGAGUAGAUCUUAUUCGAAGAAUAAGAAUUUACGAAAAAUGCACAAAUUUAUUAUCUCCCAGUCUGUGUAUCUCUUCGAAAAUUUUUUUAUCAUUACAAGGAGUUAUCAGGCUAAAAUAUCCACUUUUCUUUACCGAUUAUAAAUUUUAUUUAAAUUUCAUUAUUUUAUUCGUCCUUGUGGCAUCGUUUUCACGAUCACAUACAUUUUUUUUCUUUUCAAACCCUAAUAUUUUACCAACUUCGUUAUCUCCUGAAACUCCUACUUCCGAUUGAUAGAGAUACACGUUUCGUAUUAAAAAAAUAAAUAAAUAAAUAAAUAAAAUUCAACAUGAGUGAGAAUUGUAAUGAUAAACUCAUUGCUUCCAUGCCAAAGGCACUGGUCCGCUGCAUGUUGUCACACGACAAAUAUCGUUAAAUGUCAAACUAUGUUUAUUUUCAUUAUUAUUAUUAUUAUCAUCAUUAAUUUUAAUUGCAUAAGUUAUAAAUAUAUCUAAUGUUUAUAAGAGGAUUCGAAUUUUCGCUUCCAUUGUAAAAUCGUUUGAUCACUAAUAUCGUUGACUGAGUUUAUCCAUAAUAUAUCAUCUGAAAAUUGUCAAUAUAUAUUGUAAAUAAAACUCUUCGGCAGAACUA